AUGUCUCCUCGAAAGCGCCAGCGUACCACUCCAUCUGCGCCGAGCUCAUCGAGCCCACCGCCUGCGGCAAUUGCCCCUGCGAUUCCAACGUCGGCUACGUCACAGGUCACGGCCGUCUCAGAACCCGCGAACCGCCCGACGCGAGAGAUGCCUCUGAUGAGGGAUAGAAGCGGCAGCGAGACGAAGAACACACCCCAGAACUCACAGAAACAGGUCCGCAAAGCGCGCAGUUGGUACGGCUCUUGGCCACGCGUCCCAAAGACUUCCGCAUCGACUCAACUGGCACGGGAAACCAUCUUCGGAGGCACUUCGAAGCCCUCCAGUAUUCCCGAUUUUCGAAGAUUUGACACCAAGAAGAGCAUUGACUCGGCGAGUUUCGACGGCCCAGCCGAUUCAUCAGCAUCAUUACCACAGAUACCCGAGGACGGCGCUGCGACGCCGGAAGGAGACGCAACGAUCAAGAAGGACGGUGGUAGUGCUGCUAAAGCGCAGGCUCCAUCGACAGAGACUAGUAAGGUAGUAGAGGGAAUACCAGCGAAAGUCGACGAUACGAGCAAGGCAAUAGAAGAACCCCAAGCGCAAGGCGUCGAGCCACCGGCAGCAGCAUCAAGUUGGUUUGGGUGGCUAGCACGGGCCCCAGUAACAGAAAUACAGUCCUUCACGCCCGUCGAAGAGACACCAAAGGAGGCAGAUCCUUUACCAGCGCCAGAGCCCCAGCAAGUACCACCAGCCGAGACACCAUCCGCUGAGGCUCCCGCCGAAAACGCAGGGCCGAACCCGCCCUCAUCGACAAACUCUUGGUUUGGCUUCUGGUACUCGAACGCUCCUGCGACAGAGAACCCUCCAGACUCAGAUACCCCAAAGCCAACCGAAAGCACCGAGAUGCCAAAGGCAGCCGAGGAGCCGGCGAAGCAGCCCGAAGACGUUGUCAUGGAGGACGCACCACCACCAAAGCCAGAAUCUGCUAAGACACCCUCAGCCGGUUCCACCUGGGCGUUCUGGUCUAGAGACACUCGCCCGAAAGCUGAAGGGAGCAAAAGCCAGACAGCACAGCCAGAAUCAGGCGAGCUUGCGAUCAUUGGUCAGGGAUCAGAAGCGCACCCAGAGCACACGGGAAUCAGCGUCGAACAAGCACAAUCAGACCAAGCAACGAAAGACGGGAAGAAUGCCAAGAGCUCCAAAGACGCAAAGUCGUCCAAAAGUACCAAGGCGGGUACCGCGUCCGCACCAUCAACGUUUGGAAGAAAAAGUAAGAGAAACCGACCUCAAUCGAUGGACCUAGACAUACCAUCUAGACCGGGGACACCGAAUCGGCCGGAAUCUGUGGCCUCAUCGAAGGCUUCUUUGGCGGAAACGACACCCAAAGAACCACCCCUUAAACCAGGCACACCAAAGACUAGCCCAAGCCAAGAAACACUUUCGAAAGCGACACCUCCGAAUCUGCUCUUGCCAUCAUUUGGGAGUACCUAUCGGAUGAAAGACAACCCAUCCAUCAUAAAACAAAUCACCUCCCUGUUGCUUCGCACGCAGCAGCCCCCGGCGAAUCAUGUUUAUAAGGUAAAGGAAACGCCAAAGAUCAGGAAAGCUAUCGCGAUUGGCGUACACGGACUUUUCCCAGCGAUGUACCUAAGACCCAUGGUCGGCCAACCGACAGGAACAUCAUUACGAUUUGCAAACCUCGGCGCUGAAGCCAUCAGGAGAUGGACUGAUGCCCACGGAUGUCCCGACUGCGAAAUUGAAAAGGUCGCUUUGGAGGGUGACGGCAAGAUUGCGGACAGAGUAGACAACUUGUGGAAGCUUCUUCUUAACUGGAUCGAGCACAUUCGCAACGCUGAUCUCAUUUUGGUCGCCAGUCACUCUCAAGGUGUGCCAGUAGGAGUCAUGCUCUUGGCGAAGUUGAUAGAUCUGGGUAUUAUAACGAAUGCCAAAAUCGGCGUAUGCGCAAUGGCCGGAGUCUCGUUGGGUCCGUUCCCGGACUACAAGUCAAGUAUGGGAAUCCUUAUGGGAGCCGCCAAUGAGUUGUGGGAAUUCUCAAACCCAGACAGCGAAAUUUCGAAGAGAUACGAGCACUCGCUCAAAGAAGUCCUCAAGUACGGUGCAAGAAUCACAUAUAUCGGCAGCAUUGACGACCAGCUCGUGCCGAUGGAGUCAGCAAUCUACUCACCAGCAUCUCAUCCUUACAUCUACCGCGCUGUGUUCAUCGACGGCCGCAUCCACGCGCCAGACUUCAUCGCCCACCUCGUUGGUUUCGCCCUCAAACUCCGCAACCUAGGCGUGUCAGACCAUGGACUGAUAAGAGAACUCUCGACGCCGCUCGCAGGCAGCCUCUACUCGGGGGAAGGCCACUCGCGCCUCUACUACGACGACCAAGUCUACGACCUCGCACUCACCCACGCACUCGAGACGUCCGACGUCCGACCCAACGUGCCCGCCACCGUCGCCCAUCGUCGCGACUCAACAGGUGCCGGAGCCGGGGCCUCUGUCGCGAACCCAAACCCUUACCAUCUGCCCUGGAUCAUGCGCGGCCUGCUGGAGGAGGACUUUGUCCGUACGGAGCUGUCGUCUGAGACGGAGGAGCUGCUGAGGCAGUUUGAUGACUGGAAGCCUGUUACGAAGGCACUCAAGGAUGUCAAGUAUCGGCUUGAGGCGAUUCGAUCGAAGCUUUGA